AUGGGGGAGAAGCAGCCGCUGGAUUUGUUCCUCGGCAUCGGCUUGGACAAGCGCACGGCCGAGAAUGCGCUCGUAAAUGGGAAAGUCACCGCUAACCUCAACGCCGUCAUCAAAGAGGUAUCCCCUGAUGUUGCUCUUGGUGCCCAAGUGAAUUGACUUGCGCCGACGCUCGUUGAAGUGGGCAUUGUGCCGCGCGGUCAGCGCGAUAAAACUUAAUUUCUUUAUGAAUUACAUGCGUGCUGGUCGCUUGCUUCAGAUUUUCGAGCAUAAUUAUUAGCGAUUGUUCGUAGCGUGAGGGCCGAAGAUGUGCAUGUUUUCACUAUGGAAAUGAGGAGACGCAUCCAUUAUCUAAAUCUGCGUUCGAGGUUUCUCUCAUCGGAGUGCACGCUCAUGCACGCGGGCCUGUGGCGGGAAGGAAAUAGAAUGGUUGUGUUGCAGAGAAUGCUGGUCAAUUCUUUAUAGCAGUUCACGCCAUGCCGGUUUUGGAACUUGCUUGAUUUCAUUUAUUUAUCCCUUUUCCAUUGACCGGGUGUUCAAUUGGUCAUGCGGUCUUGGGAGCUAAGACCAUCAUUUCAUUGAGAAUCUUUCUCUAGCAAAACUUACUCUGGUGGGAGGUUCUUCGUCUUCUUCUUUAAAUGAUUAAAUCCAAAUUCUGUAAAGAUGAAUGAGCGGAUCCAUAAGGAAUGAAAGCUACAAAUAUUCCGAAAAAAUAUACUUACUGAAAACUUGAUUUUUUUGGUCUGCGGGGAGGGAUGGGUUUCAUUUCCUUAACAUACGAAACUGAGCAUGAGUAGAAAAUCCUUCCCGUUUCAGUCGGCCUCAUAGAAAAUAUUUUGUAAUCUCUGAAGCUGUGAGGAGUCAAAUUCUUCCUGUCCUCAUUUAGUAAGUGAUAAUGUAUCGUGGCUGAUAAAUAUACCGCUUAUAGAUAAUUUGCAUUAGAAUUACAGGAGCAUGGUUUCAGUCAUCCUGAAGCUAAUUGCAAAAUCCGUGGUUACAUGUAAAUCAUCUGUAUAAUGCAUCAUAUAUAUUGAACAUAAAGUGACUAUAUUGCCUUGUAUGUUAAGUUGCCUUGUAAUACGAUUAGGUGUAUUGCAUCUGGACAAAUUAUUCUUUACGCAGAUCACCAUGUUCGCCAAUAUUUAUGAUUAGAGUCAUAUAUAUAAAUAUACAUUCGUAUUAUGAUGCAUGACGCAUGACUUGAAUGAUGUUCCUCUUUUUUCAUGCAUGUUGACAGGCAGGUGUUGUUGAUGGCUGCAGCAAGAAUGUUGGGAACCUGCUAUAUAUGGUAACCGACUUAUUGUAUGAUAUUUUUUGUGGGCAAACUUUCAUGCAUAUUUAUUUAAACAAAUCUUUGGUCUCACGUGGCAGGUUGCAACCAAGUAUCCAGCAAAUGCCCUUGUCCAUAGGUCCUUUCUGGUUCAAGAAUAUAUUGUUACAUCUAAGGUACAUUUGAAAUCUUCAUUGUAACUUUUUCUUUUCUUUUGAUAUCAUUUAUUGGACAAUAGCUGACCCGUUGACCAUGACAGGGUUCUGCGAAGUGAACAUACCAUUGUGUGUUUGGUCACAGUCAGUUCCAUUCGUUAUCAUUUUGCAUGUGCUGCAUGAGUUGAUUUCUUAUUUUGGGUAUACCAUGUCAUGGUUCUUUGUUUUGUACCAUCAGCAUAAUGCAUUUACUGGCAUGUCUGGUCAAGUAUAGACUAGGCAUGUAUGUUUAUUUUUACAUUUAUCAUUGGCAUAUUUUUUGCCUUAGAUGAAACACCAAAAAAAGUAAAUGAUUUAAUGAUACAGACUGUUCUGUCAGUCUUGUCGCAUUUGAUUCUUGGACCAAUGAAUAUUGGGCACACUGGUCUAUUUUCUCAUGUAUUGCAUCACGGUUUUUUACAGAUUAAAAGCUCUGCUCAAGUAGAAUCAGCUCGGUCAUUUCUUGCAAAUGUUGGCCCUGAAAAAUGUGAUUGGAGUGCUUUUGAAAAAGCAUGUGGUGUAGGUAUGCCUUUUUAGAAUUUUUUUGACCAUAAUGUGAGUAAUUAUCUUUAGCGGAUAGUUCAAUGAUGACAAUCUUUCUUGUAAUACCAUGUAGCAAUGUUUUGGUUAAUGAAUCCUUUUCAUCUCAAGUGAAUAACAAUAAGAUUGUAUACUAUUUAUGUAGCUAUUUAUGAGUUAUUUGGCAGUACAUUCUUUAUUGUGUUUACCUGUGGAGACAUAACAACGUAAUAUCACUUUUAAUUAGAAAAUUUAUGGAGGGUUUUCUUUGAAAGAAGAUUUGCAGGUUCCAGUAAACAAAACUUCUCUUUUUUCCAUCAUAGGAAUGUGUGUAGUUUUCUAACAGUUCCGUAAACAUUGCCUUUUGAGCACAAAGAUAACCUAUCAGGUGCUAUUGACAGGCAAUAGGGUUUUCUUGUUUGCACUAUAGAUAGAGAUGCCCACCAGAAGUCUUGGUGAGAAGGAAUGGCAUUUGGUUGACAGCUCUCUUUCUGAAAUAAUGAAUAAUCGCUACUUGUGUUGACAGAUUAUGUAUGAUAAAUUUAUGAUACACUAAUUUUUUUAAAAUAAAUAUUCAAUUAAAUAUUCAACUAAAUAUUCAGAUUUUUUUUAAAAUUUAGCAUUUAGUCGUUUAGAGACAUCAAGAAUAUACUUCGGUAUGUGAAAAACCAUUUAAAUUAAUUUGGUGAAUUUAAGUGUAUUACUAAGAUAAUAAUAUCCCGAAGGUCUGGUAUGGGUGUCGUUCCAAAUGCAGCAGUUGACAGCAUCUUGGAGACACUGAUUCGAGUGAUGAUGCAUAGUUCAUAACGUUUUCAAGAUAUUUUCUAAAGAUGGUGCAUUUUGUGAAGUCAAGUAGCAUUAUAACAAGCUGUUUUCCAGAGAAAUAUAUUUCUCUUGUCAUAUUUUUAUAGUUAUAUUUGUUUUGCGAGCAGGGGCAGAAGUUUCAGUUGAAGAAAUUGAGGCUACAGUUUCGGUUGUUAUCGAAGAGAACAUGAACGCUAUCCUGGAACAACGUUAUCGAAUAAAUGGUAAAAAAAAAUUGUUUACGUUUGAGCAUUGCUUUUUAGAAGCAUGACAUUUUAAGACGUUAGCUGAUGCACAUCCAUUUUCUUUGGAAGUUCAGUCGGUAAUUUAUGUGGACAAGUUCGAAAGUGGCAUCCAUGGUCUGAUGCAAAGAUUGUGAAGGUAGAAAUUAAUUUAUUUACCUCAUUUUCUAGUUUACUUAAACUUAGGUCAUACUGGAACUUUUCCUCUCUUUACAGGAAACUAUUGAUAGGAGACUUAAAGGAAUACUUGGUGAUAGAACUGCUGCAGAUGAUGAAAAACCCGUCAAAAAGAAGAAGGAGAAGCCUGCAAAAGCUGAGGUGGGCAUCCACUUAGCGCAAUUAAUUUUCAUGCUGAAUGAGAGCGAUUCUUAUUUUUCUCUUCAUAAUCUGUUUUUCCUUUAUUAUCUGAUUUUGCUUCUAGGAAAAAAGUGUUGUGACAGUUGCCGUGCCCCCACCAUCUGAGGAAGAACUUAACCCAUUUUCUAUAUUUCCAAAGCCGGAAGAUAACCUUAAGGUGAAUGAAAGUUUCUCUCUCUCACUUUGCUAGAAGCAUUCACUCUGCUUCAUGUGAUAAGAAGAAACAUUCACUUUGGUUUUAUGUGUUUGACUGGAUUUCUAAUACAUUUGUCAGUAAAUCUUGUGUUGAAACUUUAAUAGGUUGUGAAUUUUCUCGCUCAUAACUGAAGGAUGACUACCUUAUGCUUUUUGUGAGGUUUUUUGGUGGAAGCCAACAUAAAUUUAAAACGUACUGAAAACAGAAGAAAACACAGGUAAGAGGGAUGAUAUUAUUCCGAAUUUCCACCUCUCUGAUAUAGCAGAUAAAGCAGUGAGAUGACAAACUGUUGUCUAUGAAGAUAAUAAACAUAAAGAAAAACUCCGGAAUAGAUUAUAUGACAGAUUCCCUUCAUACUUGAGAACCAACUCUCUAGCAUUUCUGUCAUUUACCAACAUUUCCGUUCUGCUUUUAAGAUAAAAUAUUUCAACUCUGGCAUAAGGUGCAAGAGAUUUACUUUGUAACUCUCACAAAGGAUGGGAGAAGGUUGUCAGAUUAAUCCUCUCAGUAGAUUCGAAAGGUUUGCGGAUAAUUAUCGUGAUCGUACUGGCCUUAUAAGUUUUUUGCUACGAAUAGGGUUACAGUGAACCUGUUUAGUAUAUGAAGACAUUACACCUAGACUUUGUUGUUUCGCUCACCUUCAUUGCACCUAGUUUUUGUGGUUUCAUUCACUAUGUUAACUUGGGUUUAAUCGCCCUAUACUGAAAUUUUACGAAUUAAAUUGGAUCGACUCUAGUUUACAUAGAGGCAAUUUUCAGCUUGUAGUCUUCAUCUUGAGUAUUUUGAUUUUACAAUUAACUACAUUUUCUUUAUGGAAUGUUCAAUGUAACUUUAUUGUGAUAUUUCUUAAAAUGUUAGUGCCUAGCCAUGUCUAAUUUUCACAUGCUCAUUUGAUUUGGGUGCAUUUGCUAGGUCCAUACUGAAAUAUUUUUCAGUGAUGGAACCAUAUGGCGUACUCACAACACAAAAGACAAGCUAGAGAAUCAUUUGAAAGUAACUGGUGGUAAAGUAUUUACUCGAUUCCCUCCUGAACCAAAUGGGUAUCUGCAUAUUGGUCAUGCCAAGGUAUUCAUUCACCUUUAAGAUAAAAAUUAUGUAGCUCUGCAAUUGUCUCAAGUGGCGGUAGUUUUCUAAUGUAGUAAUAUGAACACAGGCUAUGUUCAUCGAUUUUGGCCUGGCAAAGGACAGAGAUGGUUGUUGUUAUCUGAGGUAAAAACAUAUUCGGCUAUGUCAUUUCUCAAAUGAUGUUAUGCCCUAAUUGUAUUCAUUUCUUUGGUGAUUACUUUCAUAGUUCUAUCUUGAUUCCGUUAACAUAUUCUAAGUACUUUUGUGACAGGUUUGAUGACACAAAUCCCGAAGCUGAGAAACAAGAAUAUAUUGAUCAUAUCCAAGAGAUUGUUGAGUGGAUGGGUUGGAAGCCUUUUAAGGUAUAUUGCUUUUGUAUUCUAAGAUGCCUUUUUCUGUAGCCUACAUAUCUGCUCCUUUUCAGGUAACCUACACAAGCGAUUACUUCCAAGAGUUAUAUGACCUAGCAGUGGAGUUGAUUCGCAAUGGUUAUGCAUAUGUUGAUCAUCAGGUACAUUCAAAGCACAUGCUCUAGUGAUAUGAAUAAAAUGCACUAUAUGGAGCCAUUUUUUAUGACUAUGAGGUUUUCGAGACAAUGUCUGUUCAAAAUGUUUAUUCUAUGUUUCUCCAUGUUUUUCUUUUAGACACCAGAGGAGGUAAAAGAAUACCGGGAAAAAAUGAUGAACAGCCCCUGGAGAGAUAGACCAAUUUCUGAGUCACUUAAGCUAUUUGACGAAAUGAGACGUGGUCUGAUUGAUGAGGGCAAGGCAACACUUAGGAUGAAGCAAGAUAUGCAGAGUGAUAACAAAAAUAUGUAUGAUUUGAUAGCGUACCGCAUAAAGGCAAGCGCACUCAAAUAUAAUUUUCUUAAAAAAUUGUGUGAACAGACGUUGCUGACGUUUCUCCAUUUUCUGUACAGUUUGCACCCCAUCCACAUGCUGGAGACAAGUGGUGCAUAUACCCAAGUUACGAUUAUGCCCACUGCAUCGUUGAUUCCCUUGAAAAUAUCACACACUCUGUAAGUUCUCAAAAUUCCAAAUUCACGUAAGCUACUAUUUUGGGUCAGGAAGUCAUUGAGGAUGAUCUUUCUGCCUGAGUACUUUUUAUGCCAUUUUCAUCGAUAUUUUCAAUUUUAAUAUGUACUAUUGAUUAACGUUUGAUUGAAAUGUAUUUAUUAUUUAGUUCGUGAUCAUUCUCUGUAACGUUUAAUCGUCUGCUGUGAUGGGUUUCUGUGUUUUAUUAGUGUAUCUAUGCAGGUCAUGUUCACUCAUUGACACCAUUAUAUUAUUUUUUAAUGAGAUUUGUUUAUCCUGUAAGGGAAUCUACCUUCAGUUAGAAUCAUUUGUCUUACGUCAUACAUGUGCCUUCUGGUGAUGUGCCAUUUGGUCCAUUUGGUCGUAGUUGUUGGUCGACAUACGAUGGUUCUUUUGAUCGUGAAUAGUUCAUUUAUCUAGGUUACAGUUGGUUGUUAUUGUCCAUGUCGUACAUUUAUAUGAUUGUUGGUUGCAUGGCCUUGUCUUAAAUAUUCUGAGGUCUUUUUCAAUGUCAUGAAAUAUUCUUUUCUGUGGAUCAUGCCUAGUUUUGAUGUUUCUUGGUGUUGUGUGUAGCUUUGUACACUCGAGUUUGAGAUUCGCCGUGCCUCGUACUAUUGGCUAUUGCAAGCACUGAAUCUUUACCAGCCUUAUGUCUGGGAGUACUCUCGAUUGAAUGUCUCUAACACAGUGAUGUCUAAACGAAAGGUAUACAAAGACAUUCUUCCUGUUUUACCAAAAAGGUUUUUUUCUUUGGAAGCACUGUUUUUUAUCGUCAGAUUCAUUAUCUUCUUAGCAUUGUUACAUUGCAGUUAAACAGAUUGGUGAAAGAGAAGUGGGUUGAUGGUUGGGAUGACCCCCGCAUGCUGACUCUGGCAGGUUUACGGCGGCGAGGAGUGUCUUCAACUGCAAUUAAUUCCUUUAUUCGAGGAGUUGGAAUAACCAGAAGGUAGUAAAACUUGAUGCCAUAUACAAGGGAUCGAUGUUCAAAAUCAUGUUCAUUUUUUUGGGGGUUUAUUAUUGUCAAAAUUUAUUUUUAUGCAGUCAACAUGUUAUGAAUGCAUCUUGCUAUUGUGUGCCCAUGAUGAGUUAUUCUCUUGUUGGGCUAUACCCUUACAAUUAAUUGCCUUGCUAAAUAUUUCUAUAUGGGUGGAAAUUGUCUCCUCCUGUGGUAGAAUAUCUUUUUUUUUUCAAUUUAUUACUGACAGCAAGGAUAUUAACUAUGGAGAUAGAUGACUUCUGUAAGGUCUUCUCUAUUUAUAAAUUCACCUAUACAGUAAAGUAAGCCUAUGGUGCUCUUCUCCGUAAGGUGUAUUCUAUAGUUCUUGUGCCUUUUCUGUUGGACCUUUUGAAUGAAAGAUGUAGGAAACUUGACUUGGGAAAAAAAUUUGGUGUGGCUAUGACCAUGAGACUGUGAAGGCUCCUUGAAUGCUUGCUAUUUUAUUUUUCUUGGAUAUCUUGUACCCUAAUGACCAUUUUAUUUCGUUUCACAGUGAUAAUAGUAUGAUUAGGUAUGAUCGCCUUGAGUACCACAUUAGGGAAGAGCUGAACAGGACAGCUUCUAGGACAAUGGUGGUUCUGCAUCCUCUGAAGGUACUUCGAAUAUUUUCCGAAAAUAUAUGAUCGCUAGCCAUAUGAGUUCAGAAUUUAACUCUUUAUUUUCAUGAUCUUUAGGUCGUGAUUGAAAAUUUUGAAAGUGAAUCGGUAAUUCACCUGGAUGCAAAAGCAUGGCCAGAUGCCCAGGCAGAUGACAACUCUGCUAUCUACAAGGUGAUCCAUCUGGUUCUUACAGAAAUUUACAGGAACCACAUGCCAUCCAUCCCUGUCAUAACAAUGCAUUUAUGUCUGGUGAAGCCAUAAUUUGUGAAACUCUUCACAGUUGCUAUGAGCGUUGCAAUCUUUCCCACCUUCGAUCCUUUACAUCUUGUCUGAGUUGGACAUUUUCCCACUCAUUCAUUUUUUUUAAAAAAAAAUUCGUUGUUGGUGGGUUGAAUCAUAUGAUUAAAUACCAGACUACAAAAUGUAUGUCGAUAGCAGUAGGUAUCUUUUACUUGCAUUCACUUGGAUACAAGUUUGAGACCGUUCCAUGUCUUCACCGGCGUUUGUAGUCUCAUGGGUCCCUUUUUAGAAUCAUCCCAGAGUUGGUGUGUUCAUCCAUAUCUUCUAGAAAGUGUUUAAUUUGUGGUAUACUCAAUCGGUGUGCAAUGUUUUCAUUAUUUCAUCUCUCAGGUUCCCUUUUCAAAAACUAUUUACAUUGAACAAUCUGAUUUCCGCACCAAAGACUCAAAAGAUUACUAUGGAUUAGCUCCUGGUAAAUCCGUUCUACUCAGGUAACCAUAAUCGCAGUAUCAGUAUUUUUAUUUUAUUUUUUUGUUCUUUACUUAGAUUAACUGAAUAUUCUGCUUUACAUCCUUUCUAUCUUAGGUAUGCUUUUCCCAUUAAGUGCACUGAAGUUGUGUAUGAUGAUUCUGGGUCCAUCAAAGAGAUCCGCGCCGAGUAUGAUCCUUCCAAGAAGACAAAGCCCAAGGUAAUGAAUGAGGGAUAUUCUUCUGUACUGCUAUUCUCUUCUUUCUAUCUUAGGGAAAUUUCCCAUCUUCCUUCAAGUUAUUUACCCAAGAUUUGUCUUCAACAGGGUGUCCUCCAUUGGGUAGCCCAGUCUUCACCAGGCGUUGACCCUCUUAAAAUAGAAGUCAGGCUCUUCGAGAAGCUUUUUAUGUCAGAGGUGAUUGAUUGAACUGUUUCUCUGAAUGCUGUAAACCGCUGACUUGAGGUUCACAUCUGUAACAAUCAUGAUCUUGCUCUCCAGAAUCCUGCGGAACUCGAGGAUAACUGGCUCUCUGACCUGAACCCACAUUCCAAGGAAAUAAUACCAGAAGCAUAUGCUGUGCCAACUCUGGCUACUGCGGCAUUGGGUGACAGAUUCCAGUUUGAGCGACUCGGUAAUCUUUCUUUUCAUAGUAUUUUUUCCUUUCAUAUGCCAAGAUUGAACUUAUCAGAGAAACUGCAUCCCGGACGUAUUUCUAUCUCUGGGCCCGGUUCAACGAUCUUAAACCCUAAAAGGGAAAUGGGUCGGGACAGAUGAUUAUCCGUCAGAAUAUCAUAUACCAAAUGCUAUAUGUAUAUAUAGAUUCAGCCAUCUACUACUUUUGGGUUCUCCUUCAUUUCUUUUAAACGCUUUUUUUUUUUUUUUUUUUUUCCCCUUCCCUCCUUUUACAGGUUACUUUGCUAUCGACAUCGACUCUACCCCCGAGAAGCUUGUCUUCAACAGGACGGUCACUCUCAGAGAUUCCUACACGAAAGCUAAGUGA